CUUUGUGUGGGUCUGCAAGAGCCGUAGUGAAAUCUCUAGUGAAACUGCUGGAGAUCCAACUAGGGCUGGAAUAUUCUCCCAGCAGAGAGGAUCAGUGACCCCUCUGCUCCACACAGCCGGCAGGUGCAGAACGGAGGGUUUUGCUUCAGUCUAGUGCUCAGACAUGACACUUGGAGAAGGGACAGCUGGGACCUGGUAGUGGGUCACUGUGCUGGGCCUCCUUGAUGCAGUCAGGGAGCAGGUCACCCAGAGAACCUCUAGAGUUUUCUCAGGGCAAAGGGGGCUGGGAUGUGGAGUCUGGACCCCAUUUUCCUUGCACCUCCAGGGCUCUAGACAAGUAGCCUGUUCGCUGUCGUUGUGACGUUCAUAGCACCCGCGAGGGGCCAGUGUCCCAGGGGAUUCCCGGGUCCCGCAGGUGGCUCGUCGGGCUUCCGUGACCUCAUAGGCAAAACUCGCUCGGCCCUCCCCGGGGGCGGGGUUCUAAGCACCCUGGCUCGACCCGGGCCCCCGAAGGUCGCUGAGUCUUGCCCCUCCCUAGCCCGGGAAGCGCCAUGGGACAACUGAUCGCCAAGUUGAUGGGCGUCUUCGGGAACCAGGAGCACAAGGUUAUCAUCGUGGGACUGGACAACGCGGGAAAGACCACCAUUCUCUACCAGUUCCUGAUGAAUGAGGUGGUCCACACAUCUCCCACCAUCGGUAGCAACGUGGAGGAGAUCGUUCUGCGGAAGACUCACUUCCUCGUAUGGGACAUAGGGGGGCAAGAGGCUCUCCGCUCCACCUGGAGUGCUUACUACUCCAACACCGAGUUCGUCAUCCUCGUGAUUGACAGCACGGACCGGGACCGGCUGCUGACCACUCGGGAGGAGCUGUAUAAGAUGCUGGCCCACGAGGCUCUGCGAGAUGCUUCCGUCCUAAUCUUUGCCAACAAGCAGGAUAUGAAGAACUCCAUGACCACCGUGGAGAUCUCUCAGUUCCUCACUCUGACCGCCAUCAAAGACCACCCGUGGCAUAUCCAGGGCUGCUGUGCCCUCACCGGGGAAGGGCUGCCCGCAGGGCUCCAGUGGAUGCAGUCUCGGGCCACUGCCAACUGAUGUCCUGACCUGAGGCCGACCAGAAACUCUGGGGGGUUUUGCUUGGACUGUUUGGGUGGAAAACACAAGUGACGAUUAUUUUCUGGGGUUCUCUGAUGGGAGCUGGGUCAGCUAUGGACAGUGAGAUUGCUGAAGUCCACCCGACCUAAUCCCGCCACCGAAGGGCUAGACUGCCUGCCGACCUGCUGCAGACAAGACAGCAGAAGAGCUGCCCUUCACCCUGGGGAAGCAUGUGUCUUUGGAGGCACAGGCAAGUCGUUAGGUGUGUUGAGGGACUGGGAAGUGGAGCCCCGUCCCCUCAGCCUGCAACGUCUUUGAGGGGAAAAAAAUGGGGGAUAAAGUAGGAGACCCCUGGAAAUGCUCUUUAUUUCCUAGAACCCCACCUCCUAUCCCUCGAUUGCCACCCCAGUUUUCUGGCCCCUUUGCCAUCUUUGAGCAAAGGAGAUUCCAGAAAGGCAAAGGGGGCAGGUGCAGGGGAAGGAGGACAGAGCCAAAAACUGGUGGGAAGGGAGAGGAAGAAGGACGGGACAUCCCAGACGGGGACAGUCCCUUGCACUGCGGGGAGUUCCACUCCUCCCAUGCCUUUCCCUUCCCUCUGAGAUGCUGGCCCGGACCACAGCUUUUGAGAGUUAAGCCAUCCCAUCCUUUGCCCUCCAGUCCUUCCAGUAUGAAUCCCACGCCUCCCAGAUGUCUCCAAUUCCUACAGCGUGCCUAUCUUGGCUGUCUUUUGUAACGAUUUUUUAGUUGUUUUAGAAUUUUUAUAAAAGAGUAAUAAAUGCUGUUGAAGACUGCUCA